AUGAGUUACCGACCGAGUGGGCUUCCGCCCAUCCAGGACAUGCCACCACCAGGUGGUUUUCCUGAGCAGGACAUUACGAAAGCCAUCAAGUCACGCGGCCCCAAGGGAUGGCAGUUGUGGCUUGGCUCGAGCGUGGUCAUGAUGUACGGAUUCUACCGUGUGGGCCAGAACAACCAGGAGCGUGCUGCCAUGAAGCUAGCGGAGCGUCGAUUGCGCUUCCAGAUGGCUCCCUACUUGCAGGCCGAAGCCGAUUUGGAAUUCCUCAAGCGUGAACGUGAUAUCACGGCUCGGACGAAGUGGACUAUGCAAGAUGUUGAGGGUUGGAAGCCACAGAGUCCGUACUACGGAAACCGAUGGACCCCGCCCCGUGUCUCCGACAUGGACCUCAACUUCAAAAAGUAA